AUGGGCUGGACGUCACGCUACGGCAACCAGCAAGCCAACCAAGCCGCCCCCGUCUCCAACCUCAACCGCAUCAUCGCCGUACUCGGCGGGCUCGUCCUCGCCACGCUGUUCCUCGGCUGCGUAGCCUUCUUCCCGCUCACGGUUCUCUUCGCGCCGAAGCCGCAGCUGAGCGAGUACAGGCCCGCAGGCGUGUUCUGCGCGACGUGCAAGGCGCUGUGGGAGCACAACCGCGACCUGUUCAAUCGCGCGGAUAUCAUGUGCUAUGGUCCGCCUACCUAUGACAGGCCGACCAGGAAGAAUGAAGAGGUUAUGUUUGGUGAGAUGAAGAGGUGCUGGGUGCUGCAGGAAGGACAUGAUGAGUGGCUGCGUCCGCUUGGAGGAGCGGAUGGUGAGACGAGGAAGAAUCUGGAGAGGGAGGUGCGGGCGAUUGUGCUUAGAGGGUGA